CGUCCGGUGCCGUGACCCCUGACCCGGAAGCAGUCUGCGAGCGAGCGAGCGCUGGGAAGCGGGUGUAGAGUUCGCGGCUGAGAGAUCCGGGCACCAUGCUGAUUAAAGUGAAGACGCUGACCGGGAAGGAGAUAGAGAUCGACAUUGAGCCGACAGAUAAGGUUGAGAGAAUAAAGGAACGGGUGGAGGAAAAAGAGGGUAUCCCACCACAACAACAAAGGCUGAUCUAUAGUGGGAAACAAAUGAAUGACGAAAAGACUGCUAAUGACUACAAGAUACAAGGUGGUUCAGUGCUACAUUUAGUCCUUGCACUAAGAGGAGGGUCCUGAUGCUACGUUACAGCUUUUCACUUUGUCCAUUAUGGACUACUGUGGUUGUGAAGCUGCAUGCCAUGUUCGGGUUUGCGGUUUGGGGCCUAGGUUCAUGUCCCCUCAUCACUUCCAGUUUUCAUGUAAAAUAUUAGUUUUGAUGUUUUUGUUCAUUGAAAAAUUCCUUCCCUAAAUAAAUGCUUUCCCUCAGCUUAUAGUCCUACAUAUUUUCUAGC